AUGCAGACACAAGUGAUUCUUCUGGGAACAAGCCACCCACACAUCUUUCAUCGUUUUGCUUAUCUCAAGGAAAGCGACGUAACAGUCCUCGGUUAUUACGACAACGAUGACCAGACUGCUUGCCAUAUGCAAGAGCAAGCAGGCUGUCCACGAUAUUCAAACUGCACGGAGCUGCUCAAGCUCGAAUUUGAUACCGUGUUGAUCCACGGUCGGGACCACGAGAACGCCAAAUAUAUCCGUCUGGCUAUUGACAAUGGCGCUAAGGCCAUCUUCCUCGAAAAGCCAGGUGUCGCCAGCCCAGUAGAGUUUUACGACCUCGCUACGGAAAUCAAACAGAAAUCUAUCAUUUUUGAGGUCGGCUGGGAACUACACUACCUCGAGCCCGUCGAAUUUGCACGCGACAUUUUGCAGAGCUCGCUGCUGGGCUACAUAACCGAAGCUCGAUUCCACGGGGGCUGCCCUGGAGGAGCUGGCGCAGAGCCUUGGCAAUCGCAUGAAGCAAAUAUAGGUGGCUUUUUUUAUAGCCUAGGGGGUCAUAUUGUGGAAAUUGUGAUUGACCUUUUUGGUCUACCGAGCCAGGUAGUCUCCUCGAUUCGAAAGCUGCCAGAACGGGAGCCGCACCGUGGCUUCUCUUGGGUUCCCGACCUCUUUCACGAUCGCAUUGUGAACCCUGAGAAAGCUGUAGGCUCAUUGGUCCACGAAGAUCUUGCAUCGGCUAUCUUGGAAUACGAUACAAUGAACGCUCAUCUCGAUUUCAACGCCUGGGAGCCGAGUGGAUAUCUGGAUGAUUGGAUUAUCGAUAUCUACGGUACAUAUGGGUCGCUCCACCUGGGACUCGGUGAUAAAGGGCAUCUUUUGAUGAAGGAGGCGAGGCAAGGCUGGAAAAUGGGAAGAAAUGAGAUCUUCCAAGAUGGAAAACAUCGGAAAGAUGAUAUGCUCAAAGCUGCAUUCAACAAACAGAUGGACGGCUUUUUCCGAAGAGCUCAGAACGGUAACAUCAAGGAUAUCCACUGUGAUGAGACAGUUGCGAAGAAGGUACUCGAACUAUUUCAUGCAUUGUACACCUCGGCACAGACCAGAGCUUGGGUCACCACGAAGAGAUAG